UCUUGAUCGAGUCUGAGAAGUUAAAGAAAAAAUGAAGGAAACAACAGUGAUCGUAGCAGGUGCUGGUCCCUGUGGAGUUACAAUUUCUGCUUCUUUAAACCUUCAAUCCAUCCCUCACAUAGUUCUCGAAAGAGAAGAUAUUUUCUGUCCAAUAUGGACAAAGUUUUCUUAUGAUCGUCUCCACCUUCACUUAGCCAAAGGGUUCUGUGAGCUUGCCCACAUGCCAUUCCCUAAGUCUUACCCAACUUAUGUUCCAAGAAAGCUAUUUGUUCAAUACUUGGAAGAGUACAUGACCCGGUUCAACGUGAAACCAACUUAUAACCGGUCCAUAGAGUCUGCAACAUAUGAUAAAGCUGCCGGAAAAUGGUUCGUCAAGACGAGGAACCCCAAGACGGAUGAGAUGGAAGAGUACUGCUCAAGAUUUUUUGUGGUGGCCACCGGCGAAACCACCGAUCCGUUCGUGCCGGAGAUCAAAGGGAUGGAGACCUUCACAGGCCAAAUCUUGCAUUCCACACAGUACAGGACUGGGAAACCUUUCACCAACAAGAGUGUUUUAGUUGUUGGGUGUGGUAAUUCCGGCAUGGAACUUGCUUAUGAUCUAACACUCUUUAAUGCUAAGACCUCCAUCGUUGUUCGACACCCGAUCUACAUUAUAACCCGGUGGAUGGGUUAUAUAGCGUUAGUGUUGUUCCCACGUUUGCCCUUUGCCUUGGUGGAUGCAUUAGUUGCCCUAAUGAGCAGGUUGUGGUUUGGUGAUAUGAGCAAGUAUGGGAUCGAGAAGCCAACAGAAGGUCCUUAUGAAAGGAAAGAAAAGUAUGGCAGGUUUCCAAUUGUCGACGUUGGCACCGCCGCUAAGAUUAAGUCCGGCGAGAUUCAAGUUUUACCAGGAAUAUCAUGCAUAAACGGUGAUGAAGUGCUCUUUACAAAUGGCAAGUCCUAUCAUUAUGAUGUGAUUGUAAUGGCUACGGGAUUCCGUAGGACAGUAAAAAAUUGGCUCAAGGAUGAUUUUGGCCUUAUCGGUGAGGAUGGGCAUGCCAAGGAAAGAGAACCUAAACUUUACUGGAAGGGGAAGAAUGGCCUGUAUUGUGCUGGGAUUGCAAGGAAAGGUUUGAUUGGAGCUGGCCCAGAAGGUGUAUACAUAGCUAAUGAUAUCAAGAAACUAUUGUAAAGGCCACCAGUUGCAAGGAAUUUUCUUCAGUAAUUAUCUUCAAAUAUUGCUAAAAAUGAGCAUUACUAUGAAAAAAAUUUAAAACAAAUCUGAAAAGAGUGGUUGGAUUUGUUUUUGUAUGCUCAAACUUAUGUAUGUUGAAUCAAUUAUCAUCCAGUGUUGAGUAAUGCCACCUUGUUGGA